AUGCACCGGAAUCGGGACAUUCCUGUAACCCCCUUGCCAAUUGGCGUUGAGGGGCUCUUGGGUCCCAGCAUAGGGCUGUGCUGUGCUGUUCUCCUGUUGGCCCUAUGGCUCAGCCGCAGCAGAGUGGGGGGGAAGACGGGUUUGCUUCCAACUCAAACAGCUGCGGAAAUGUCUCUUUCAGCAAACAUCAUGACCUUUGUGAUCUUCUGGCGAAGGGACUGCUUGAUCUCCGCCUCCAGCCGCUACCACCUGAUGGCGAUGUCCAACGCCUCCGUCUGGCUGGUGGUCUCCUUCACCGCCGAGCGCUUCGUGGCUAUCAACACCUUCAAGCUGAAGGCAAAGCUGUGCUCCCCGAGACGCACGCUCUACACGAUCGCCUUGGUUCACAUCUGCGGCUACCUAGUGGCUAUCCCGUAUUAUUGGUCCAACAGAUCAGAAAGGGUGAAUGGGACGGGGCGGGCGAUCUGCAAGUUUAAUCCUGACCUUCCCAACUCCUACGUUGAGGGGCUGGUUUGGUUUCAGACCUCACUGGUCAACAUUGUCCCUUAUAUCAUCAUCUUCACCUUGAACAGCCUGACCCUCAGGCAGAUCGUCCUCAGCAACAAAGUGCACUGUGUGAUGGCCGGAGGGCUCCACCGAAUGAACUCUGGGACCCAAUUCAGGUACCAGAAGAAGAAAUCCAUCCUCCUCCUUGUGACUGUCUCGAUGAUGUUCGCUUAUCUGGGCGCCACCAGGUUCGUCACGCAGAUUAUUCUCAGGACCUGCCAUUAUGACAUAGAGAGACAAGAUUACUCCAAGGCCAUUAACAUUGCGGUGGACUUUGGUACUAUGCUGGAACUGACCAACUCAGCUGUGAACAUGUAUCUCUAUGCCUGCACCCAGACUGCCUUCCGCAGGGAGCUAGUCCAUUGCCUCAAGGCUCUCCUCUUUCCCUGCAAAGCACAGAGAAUGCACCCAUCAGCCAUCUUCCAGGUAUAA